AUGCCACUGAUGCUGCGUUUUGUGCUCGCCAAUUUGUUUCCCAGGCUACUAGAAUCCUAUAAAGAUUUCGAGGAACGAAAAGUGGCAUCGGAUUUCACACGACAAGCUUCUGCACUGGCCACUGUAUGCCGGGCAUUUUUCAAGCAAAUACCCAAUUCGGACGAAAAACUGCACAAAACGAGUGCAAAGCUUGUUCGCGAAUUAAUCCAGAAAUAUGAAAUUGCUGACAAAGCAGUACUGAAGGAGAUCUGGCAGCUGUACACGCAUAUUGAACGAGCAGGCAAUUACCAUACGCGCUAUUCGAACUUCCUACGUUUUGCUGCUUCUCAAGUGCUGAUAUCGUUAAAUGCCUCAAACGUAGAGUUGUUCGCCGAAAUGCUCGUCGCUGCCUGCUCGGCUUCAUUGUCGGAUGCUCGGCUGGCUGUUGAAAUGAUUUCACAAAUCUUCAUGCCAUCAGUGGAUGAUGCUCUUGUCAAAGUGCUCGAUUUGUCCAGUCGUAUGGCGGAUGUGGUUCGCAUCCUUUUGCCAGUACACGUCGAUUAUGCAGUUGCAAAAGAGCCUAUCUGCGCACUGCUAACUGCACUUUAUGAUGUGCUGAAUGCUGUUGUGAAAUUGGCAAUGGAUGAUGCUCUUGUCAAAGUGCUCGAUUUGUCCAGUCGUAUGGCGGACGUGGUUCGCAUCCUUCUACCAGUACACGUCGAUUAUGCGGUUGCAAAAGAGCCUAUCUGCGCACUGCUAACUGCACUUUAUGAUGUGCUGAAUGCUGCUAUGCUGGUGAAACAAAAAACCGGUGAUAUAACGGAGUGGAUAUCAGUAACAAAGUUAGCAGCACUUGCUCAGGGCAGUGUUUUACGAAUCAUGGAAAGCGCAGAUGAGAACGUCGGAACACUAAAUCCACUUGAUAUGCUGAUGAAACAAAAAACCGGUGAUAUAACGGAGUGGAUAUCAGUAACAAAAUUAGCAGCACUUGCUCAGGGCAGUGUUUUACGAAUCAUGGAAAGCGCAGAUGAGAACGUCGGAACGCUAAAUCCACUUGAUGUAAGUCGCCUUUCUGCUACGUUUUUGGCUUUUUGA